AUGGCCAGUGCAGCGGCAGCAGCUGGACUGACUGUUGCUGCUGCAGGAUUUGCAGGCCGUUAUGUUUUGCAAGCCAUGAAACACAAUAUGGAACCUCAAGUACAACAAGUUUUUCAAAGUCUACCAAAUUCUGCCUUCAGUGAUGGCUAUUACAGAGGUGGGUUUGAAUCCAAAAUAACAAAACAAGCAGCAGCAUUAAUACUAGGCGUAAGCCCUACUGCCAAUAAAGGAAAAAUAAGAGAUGCUCGUCAACAAAUUAUGCUUUUAAAUCACCCAGACAAGGAAGGAUCUCCUUAUAUAGCAGCCAAAAUCAAUGAAGCUAAAGAUUUACUAGAAGGUCGAGCUAAAAAAUGA